UUAAAAAGUAGAUGAAGACGACAUCCGGCGGAAGUAAAACACGAUGCGCUAACAGCGUUAGCUUAUAAGUUUCUUUGUGUUUAUCGUCGGUUAAAAAACGAUUUUUGCUUUGUUGGCUUAAUAUUUCAGUGUCUACAGUAAAAUAACUUCGGUUAAUCAUCUGAGAGAAUUCAUAAGAGAUCGACUAACUGCUGCUGCCGGAGAAAUAUCCAUCAAUAUCGAUCCUCAGCUCAGACUGCUGGAUACAACUGGAAACUCCAAGUCAUCUCGGAGCCUCCCGGUUUUCCACGGCAUCAUGUCUGUUACUUCAGAGGUUCCGGUUGAUGAUCUUCUCAUUAACAAAGAGAGACGGAUCAAAGAGGAGGAACCAGAACCAGAACCAGAACCACGGCCAAAUAAAGCAGAAAAAAUCCAGCUGUGGGUCGUUCAGGAUGACGGACGGCUCAUCUUGAAGCGGGAGACCAGCACCUCUACACCAACUCGUGUUUAUGAGGAAAUGUACCACAAACAACCAGAACCGGAGCAGGUGAUGGAGACAAAAGAGGAACCAGAACCUGUAGAGAUUAAAAAGGAACCAGAAGAUCCAGAACCUGUGAAGAUCAAAGAGGAGGAUUGCAGUCAGGUUAAAUAUCAUCUUGUAGUGAAGGAGGAGCCUGAGUCCUUUAUGGUGACUCCAACUAAUGAUCAAAAUCACAACAGGGAACCAGAACCAGACAAGAACCAGCCUGAAGAUGGAAGCAACCAGAACAACUCAGGAUCCAGUAGAAAUCACGACGACGGUGUGGACAUUUCAGAACUACAAGGGCAAAAAUCAGAUUUUCACCAGUGUAACAUUUGUGGUAAACGUUUCACUAAGCCCUACUACUUAACUGCUCACUUGAAAACCCACAUGAAGGAUAAGCCGUAUUGUAAAAUAUGUGAUAAAUAUUUUACCAGGCGGUCGUACCUGACGGUUCACAUGAGGAACCACUCAGACGGACCUGUGCAGAAACUAUUUCCUUGUGAGAUUUGUGAAAAGUCGUUCAAACGGAGCAGUCAUUUAGCUUCUCACCUCCGAACUCACACAGGUGAAAAGCAGCUGCCUUGUAAUAUGUGUGAUAAAUCUUUUACAAAGAGAAGUAAUUUAUUAUCUCAUCUCAGAACUCACACAGGCGAACAGCCAUAUCAUUGUGAACUUUGCGAUAGAUCUUUUAAACAUGGUAGUAACUUGUUGCGUCACCUCAGAACUCACACAGGGGAGAAGCCAUACCUCUGUGAACUGUGUGACAGAUCUUUCACACAGAAAGCCUGUUUAGACGAUCACCUGAGAACUCACACCCGGGAGAGACCGUUUAGUUGUGGGUCCUGUGAUAAAUCUUUCAUACAUCAUAGUGAUCUGACCUGCCAUAUGAGAAUUCACACAGGUGAGAAACCAUAUUCUUGUAAGCAGUGUGAUCAAACUUUCAGAUGGAGAAAAAGUUUAGUUCUUCACCUUAAAACUCAUACAGACGAGACUGACAAAAAACCUUAGCUAGCUGCUGCUAAACAGCUAGUACUUGCUAACUCUGCUAAAAGUGUCCACCCCAUUACUCCUCUGUUUGCUUGUGAAGGAAUUAGCAGCUAUAGAAUAAUGUGAGGAAAAGUGAACAGACGUCGAAUCUGAUUGGAUCCAUGUAUAUAGUGUAAAAAUAAUGUUAGAACAAAGUGAUCCGUGAUUCUUUCCGCAGUGGGAACAUUUCUGAGCUGUGGCUGUUUUCAAAGCCUUAGGAAGAACCUGGUGAAACUGGUUUUUCAUCAAAACUGACAGUAGAGCACAUCACUCACACUGUAGAUAAACACUUCAUGAUUUAUCAAAUUUUGGAACAGCUUUUCUAAAUCAAGGUUAAAAUCCCAUUUCUUUUAUUAAUAUAAACUGGAAAAUAGAUUUAUUUUAGUUUUUAUUACAAUAUUUUGUGAUUUUGAUGAAGAUGUAUAAUGUUUAGUUUUCAUCCUCACCUGCCUCCCUUUUUCAUGCUUCAUGUUUAUUUGGGACUUAAAAUCAAGCUGAAUUUCUUUAGAGUAAAAAUAUUUGUGUCCAAUCUGCUUUUUUUUUUUCACUUUUUUUCUUCUAGUGAGGAAAAACUACAGCAACAGGUCUUACAAAUAUUUCCAAAAUUAGUGAUCUUUAUUGCAAAAAUUUACAAAAACAAUUGUAAAAUCCCAGAGACACUGAUUCUAAUUUAUCACUGCUUUCCAUCUUUCCUUUGUUGCAGAUUGUAACGCACUUAAUUAGAGAUAAACAUUAAUAUGUGAUGAAUGUAUGCUUCUUGUAUUAUGGAUUUUUUUGCAGAAUUUAAGAACUUCUUAAUCCAGUAAUAAACAUGGAUUUUCAGCUGGACGUGACUGUAGUUUGUUAGUUUGUAGCCUGAAGUCAGUCUUAAAGUUGGUUGAUUCAGUUGGCAGAAAAUAUUUUCAUGUGUGGAGCAGGACUCAAUUUGGAGAAAAAGUAUUUGGAGUCGGAGGAGAAACUUUAAUUGUGAUCAAAAUUUCAGAAGAUUAGAAAUUAAAAGUGUCAAACAAGUUAAAGGAACAAUACAAAAAAAAAAAGAGAAGGAAAAAAAGGUUCUAAAACAUCCAACCGAUUCUUGAAAUAAGAGGUUUUAGUCCCUUAUUACAUUUUUAAAUGUAUUAUUUAUCUAUUUUUAAAUGAUAUGUUUAGUCGACACUCGUUGCCAGUUUGUGGCGGUAAUGUACCAUUUAUCUCUUUGCCAACCUUCACUACCUGCUACAUGAAGAAGAAGAUCAGAAACCUUGCUGAGGCCUCCAGGCAUCCUUCUUCUUACCUUCGGUUCUAAAUGGUUUUUGCUGUGUGACCUGAAUAUUUCAGCGUCUGCAGUAACAAUAUCUUCGGUUAAUCAUCAGAGAGCGAUUAACUGCUGCUGUUGGAGAAAUAUUUAAAAACGUUUUCCAUUAGGAGAUCAGUCUUCAGCUCUGACUGCUGAAUAACAGCUGGAAAACCCAGAGCAUCAGUCUGCAGCCGUCACGCAUCGAGUCCCACUUUCUGAAGAAAAGGCCAAACUAAGUUUCUUUGUGGUUGUUUUUGAUUUAUACAGAAAUCCGACACAACGGAUAGCUGUAUCCACCACAUGGUGAUGUGUUUAUGCAAAUAAAACUCAACUAUCUGCAUAAUUCUCAUGGAUAGGUGAGAGGGUGUCAUGGUUUCUUUUCCUGCGUCUCUAUGUUACUCUAUGCGAUGGACUGGAAAGAUGUCCAUGGUGCAUCUCACCUCCUGCCCAGAGAACAGUGGAGAUAAACGAGCUCCUCUGUAAGGAUGAGCAGACAGACGAUGGAUGAUUACAAGAUGAAUUUAGACAAACUUUUUCACAUUUUCUGUGUUCAUACAUGAAAAACUUUUUAGAUAAAUAGUAUUUUGCUCAACCAAACUUAAUGUCUCCCCUUUUUUCUGGAAGUCAUUCAGUCAUUCUUUUACAUUUUUAUGUUAUAUUUAUGGAUGACAUAAUGAAUUCCACAUUAUGGUAUUUUUUAAAUAACAAUUUCAAUAUACAUAUUUAAAAGUUUUAUUCAAAAUAAAUACAAUGGCUGUAAUCCAUUGUAUUUAUUACCAAGGUUUCAUUUUUGCAGUGAGGGGAGACUAUUAUUUUUAUUGUAUUUUUAUUUUUAGGAAAAGUGCUUUUGGCAAAGCAGCCUUUUAUGUUUGACCUGCUACUGAAUGGAACCUCGUUCCCGUCAUCAACAUCAACAACAUUUUAAAUAAGUAUAGCACAUUUAUGAUACAGUAAAAUAGUUUAUUGUAUAAUUAGACCUGCUCUGCUGUCGUAUGUAUAUUUAUUGUUUAUGUCUGUUUGUCUGAUAGUUGCUCUAUGUAUUUUAGCUCUAAAGUGCUAAAUAGUAAAGUGUUUUUUUACUAAAUGUAUUGUAAUUGUUAUUUUGUUCAUUUAAAUAUGUAAUUUUACUUUUAUUCUUUUAAGGGGAUUUUACCAUUUGUCUGCAGAUGAAAAAUAGCCUUCUGGCUAACUGGCAUUUUUUUCAGAAAUGUAAUUAAUGUGUGCUGUCCCUGUAAAAAAUAAAUCAUUUAAUUUUAUGUAAGAAAUACUGUUUGCAUGUUUGGCUCAUUUCCU